CUGUGUUAUGUUAUUGAUAUGUUAUCCUUUGUCCUGUACUUUUCUUGUUGUUUUGGUGGCAGAUUGUUUCUGAUGUCAGUGAGAGGUGACAUAGGUUUAGGCCCACUAGCAGCUUUUUCUGGGACUACAGAGGCCUUUUUUAUAAAACAUUUUGGAGGAUAACUAAACAAAGGAACGACAAAGGGAUUAUCUAAUUGCCGCACUGCGGUCCCUCCUAUUGUGUGCAAUUGCAUUGGGAUUUGGGAGUCACACUCCCACCAACAGGGUUUUCACCUUUCCGGUCACUAAACAAUAUUGCACCACACUGACGGUAAACUUGUCGGACAACUCUGUCUGAAACAGCCAUUUUCGGGCGGAGUGUUUUUGCAAUAUGGGAUAAUCAUUAUAUGGUUACUGAGUGCAGUACAACUUGUAUUUGACUUUAAUUUUUACGUUUGUUGGGGUAUAUGCCUCUCGUCAUGAAAACCUCCUUGCGCUUGCAUCGCAUUCUUCGGCACCACAGGUCAUCGGGGGUCAACGUUUUCUUGUUACUAGUUUUGCUGAUAGUUGUUUUUAUCUACACUCUUCAUAUCAAACGUAGGGAACCUGUCAGCACAGCACUAAAUGACUUCCGCUUUCUCUGGGCCGAGACAGGAACAUGCCCUGCGUGUUUUGGACACACCUGUGGACUUAUACAGCAGGGGAACUUCCGAAGGGUGAACCCUAACAGAGAGCAGAAGAGAUGUGUGGUGUCCGUUGGUAGUAUAGAUGGAGAUAUGGUGAUUGCUAAAGCUCUGAGUGAGGAGGAUGUAUGGCGUAGAUAUGACAGUUUCAUUUGUCGGACAUCCCCACGCCCCGAGGCCUGCAAUGCCUCGUCUUUCAUACUGGAGUCCAUGUAUGUGACGGACGCUGCUUUGAAAUUGUCCUGGCUUUGGGAGGCUAGGAAGAUUACCCAUACGGAAAGGGCGGUUUCACCACUUUGUGUGUCAGCAAGGUUUCUGCAAGAAGUCAAACAGUUGUAUGUUGAAAACGAAGGUACAGAACUGGAAAGAGUCGAACGCGCGUUUAUGGCAACAUCACUCCUCCUGGACCAAGAGGCGGUGAUACUGCGAUACUUCACCACAAAAUCUGCAAUCGUUUGGCCCUUUCCGAAGUACUACGGGGCUUGUGGGAGAGUGGUUGUGCUGCAACACGCUGGAAGGACACUCGAUGCUUUUCUGGACUCCCCUUGGGAACACCGAGCAAACAUUGCAGUACAGUUGUUACAAAUAGUAGACACCCUUCGCGAAAAGGACCCCGACUGGAUUUUGUUCUUUCUAGACGUAUCUAUGGAAGAUUUCGCAGUCGACAGAAGCGGCAGGGUGCGACUGAUCGACUUUGAAGACGUCAUGGUGAUUGAUAGACAAACGGUUGCCGAUGAAGGGAUAGAGGAGGGGUGCAACGAGCAGUGUUAUAUGAACUUCCAACAGGAACUAAUGAGCGACUACUAUCAUUGUAAAGAUAUACUUAGGUACACCCAAAUGAUGUAUGCCAACAUUUGUGUUCGGAUUUUAUCCAACCGUCGAGAAAACGAAGAGAAAGCCGAGUCGGAAGAAAGAAGUGAAGAGAAAGGGGGACAAAGUGGGGAAGAAAAGCCUAAUAAGCCCCAAAAAGGCCUUCUGUAUGAUCCUCCAGAUGACAUGAGAGAGUCGCUAGAGAGCGCACUUGGACAUUGUGUCCAUGAGACACAGCCAGGGGGUCGACUGAAAGCAGUAUUGACGCUAAAGGAAAUCUUGAAGUGAAUUUAUGGUCUCAUCGAUGUAUCACUCCGAGUGGGUACCCUAAAAGAGAUCCGAGCCAAAAAAUGAACGGCUGCACGGACGCAUGUUUUUAGCUGCGAGAAAUUCCCUUUUAGCCAGCGGAACUGAUCUCAAAAGUUAGAUUGGUAAAGGCUUGUUUGUAACUGUAGAAAUUAGCAUGUAAAGGUUUGCAGCCGCGCGCUAGGUCGGAGGUACACAGUCGUGGGUUCUGAUUGGUGCGGUUGUACAGUAGCAGCGAAAAAGUGCCUUUUGUGGGGAUUGACUAAUCGUAGUUUGUAAUUGCUAUAAAAAAAGUUCCUAUGUAUAGUU